CACAUUUACUUUGCAGGGCAGAAGAAUUAAAGGCAGUGUGAGCCCAUGCUCUUCGGGACCUAGAACAUGUUUGGAAUAUGGAUUGCUGCACUCUUACUUGCUGGAACAUCAACAGGAGAAGAGGUUUGCUAUGAAAGGGUGGGGUGCUUUAAAGAUGGUUUACCAUGGACUGGGACUUUGUCAAGACAGUUGGCAGGUUUACCCUGGUCUCCUGAGGAGAUAAACACUCGCUUUCUGCUUUAUACUAGACGUAACCCCAAAACCCAUCAGGAAAUCAGUGCAGUUAAUUAUUUAACUAUCCAAGCCUCAAACUUUGGGAUAGACAAGAUCACCCAUAUCAACAUACCUGGAUGGAAAUCAGAUGGCAAAUGGCAGCAAGACAUGUGCAAUGUAUUGCUAAAAGUAGAAGAUGUGAACUGCAUUAAUUUAGACUGGAUUAAUGGUUCCCAGCAGUAUAUCCAGGCUGUGAACAAUCUCCGUGUUGUUGGUGCUGAGGUGGCUUAUUUUAUUGAUGUUCUCAAGCAAAAUUUUGGAUAUUCCCCUUCUAAAGUGCACUUGAUUGGCCACAGUUUGGGAGCUCAUCUGGCUGGGGAAGCUGGGUCAAGAACGCCAGGCCUUGGAAGGAUAACUGGGUUGGACCCAGCUGGGCCAUAUUUCCACAACACUCCAAAGGAGGUCAGGCUGGACCCUUCAGAUGCCAACUUUGUCGAUGUUAUUCACACAAAUGCAGUUCGCUUCCUCUUUGAACUUGGUGCUGGAACUAUUAAUGCUUGUGGUCACCUUGACUUUUACCCAAAUGGAGGGAAGCACAUGCCAGGAUGUGAAGACUUAAUAACACCGUUAUUUACAUUUGAUCUCAAUGUUUACAAGGAAGAGAUGUCUUCCUUCUUUGAAUGCAACCAUGCCCGAAGUCACCGCUUCUAUACUGAAAGUAUUCUCAAUCCUGAUGCAUUUAUUGCCUAUCCUUGUAGAUCCUACACAUCUUUUAAAGCAGGAAAUUGCUUCCAUUGUCCCAAGGAAGGUUGCCCAACGAUGGGUCAUUUUGCUGAUAGAUUUCACCUCAAAAAUCGGGAGCCUAAUAGAUCAUAUUAUUUUUUAAACACAGGGACCUUUUCCCCAUUUGCCCGUUGGAGGCACAAAUUAUCCGUCAAACUUGAUGGAAACAAUGUCACUCAAGGAAGCAUAUUUCUCCGUGUAGGUGGAACAACUGGGGAAACAGGGGAGUUUGGGAUUAUCAGUGGAACACUUAAGCCAGGCAUGACUUACACAAAUUUAAUUGAUGCAGACAUUAACGUUGGAAACAUUACAAGUAUUGAGUUCAUUUGGAAGGAACAUUCAUUUGGACAUUCUCAGAAUAAGUUGGGAGCAGAAAUGGUGGUAGAUAUAUCUGGGAAAUAUGGAUAUGAAUCUACCUUCUGUAGCCAGAAUGUUAUAGGACCUAAUAUUGCCCAGGUCCUGAAACCAUGCUAAUCCCAGAUUUAAUUUUGAUGGAUUUACUUAAUGAGAGCAGUGGAAAAAUUCAUCUUUUCCAGCUGGUAUCCAGACCAAACUUGGCCCUUGUAAAUGAGAUAGAAAGGUACAGUUGCCUUUGUACUCUGUGCAAUGUUUUUCUUAUUGACAAACUUUUGUAUGUGCCUUAAAAACACACUGAACCCUGUGAUGGAGUACCGUGCUAUGAUCUACAGGAUUCUGGGUAUCAGCGAUGAAACAGAGCUGCGUUAGAAUGUCCCUGAAUAAGAGGAGGAGGUGGAAGUAUGGUGGUGUAAACUCAUCAGUGAAAACGAGCCUUUAUCCGGUUGCGUGUUUGAAGUACAUUUAGAGUAUUUCCAGGUGGAAUAAUCAUUUUCUAAAAUGAUUUGAAGAAUAUUCCAUCUUGCUAAGACAAAUUGCAUCUAUCAUUCAUGAUAUAUAGUAGAUGAUAACCCUGUGGAUUGAUACAUCUAUCGCUUAAUAAUGAAAACUAAUGAGAGCACAUUAGUAUUUCCAAAGUGUUCCUUGGUCUUCAGGGUAUGUGUGAGGUGGGACAGAUUUUAGAGCUUAUCUAUGAUGUGUGUAUCAGUUAGUAAUGGGCCCUCAGGAUCAAGAGCCCACUCCUCUAAAAGCUCCCCAACCCCAUAGAACCACUUAUCUCCCUGGACCAUGAAUUUCCCAUGGCAAGUUUGUAUGUGGCCUAAAGGCAGCAUUUUGUUUAUAAAGUACUGU